UGAAUAUUAAUGAGAUAGCUGACUUGACCACGCCCUCUCUAUAAAAGACAAGGUCCCGCCCCAUUAGGCUGUCAGUCUGUCAGUCAGAGUCUCACAGAUGAACUUAAUGUCGGAUUGUAGCUAUGACUUAUAUGUAAGAGAGACAAAAGCGGAUUAUGGCUGAACCUCAGAGUGGAGUUUAUUUACGGAGACCUGUGAUGUGUUGAUGCCCCUGUGACAGGAGCCGUGGGCAGGAGAUGAGGGAGCAGCAGCUCUGCUAACGGAUAACUAAUGUGUUCCUGAGGAAACUUUACUGCUCAGUAGGAAACUUGUGUUUUAAACUGAAUGUUCUACCAGGAUCUAGAGUAAAUAGAAGAGCUAUGGCGAAGAUCUGCACCGAGCGCUCGUACCCGUCUCAUCGCCGGCUCUCCGCCCGGGCCUCCAACGAUGAGCUGGACCUAAUGGAUAACGGCGCCAGCAGGACACACUCCUUAUGUGACGACACCCUCUCUGACAUGAACAGGGACGUGUCUGCUCAGCUACAGGGGUCUCGCAGGAGUUCCUUCACAGGGGCAGGGGCCAUGGCACGGCUGUCCCACUUCCUGUAUAUGCUGAGGAACUGGGCGUCUCACAGGCUGCAGCCCGAGGUCGAGCGCCCCGACUCCUUUUUGGAGCGAUUCCGGGGUCCCGAGCUCAAAGACCUCUCCAGCCGCGGGAGCAACGCCCGCUCCUCGUUAGGUCACCCCGAGCGGCCGCACAAGAGGAAGAAAAAGCCAUGGGUCAUGGAUCCAGCCACGGACAUGUACUAUCGCUGGCUGGUGAUAAUAGCGGGGCCGGUGUUCUACAACCUGAUGAUGCUCAUAACAAGAGCAUGUUUCAAUGAGCUUCAGGACUCGUACAUGACUCUGUGGAUGGUCCUGGACUACUCGUCAGAUUUACUCUACUACGUGGACACGUUUGUGAGAUCGAGGACAGGUUUCCUAGAGCAAGGACUUCUAGUGAAAGACAGCAAGAAGUUAAUGGAGAAUUACAGAAAAAUGCCACAGUUUAAAUACGACAUCUUCUCUAUGCUCCCGACCGACAUUUUCAUGAUCAAGGUGGGAUACAACAACCCCGAACUACGCUUCAACCGCCUCUUUAAAAUGGCACGUCUCUUCGAGUUCUUCGAUCGGACCGAGACCAGAACUAACUAUCCUAAUAUCUUCCGUAUCAGCAACCUCGUCCUCUACAUCUUGAUCAUCAUCCACUGGAACGCCUGCAUCUUUUUCGCCAUUUCCAAAACCAUCGGCUUCGGGACGGACACGUGGGUGUAUCCGAACAUCAGCCAUCCGGAAUACGGCCGUCUGGCUCGGAAAUACAUCUACUGUCUGUACUGGUCCACGCUUACCCUUACCACCAUUGGAGAAACCCCGCCCCCUGUCAAAGAUGUUGAAUACCUGUUCGUGGUCACCGACUUCCUCAUCGGCGUACUGAUCUUCGCUACGAUCGUCGGUAACGUGGGUGCGAUGAUCUCCAACAUGAACGCGUCACGCGCCGAUUUCCAAGCCAAGAUCGACUCCAUUAAGCAGUACAUGCAAUUCCGAAAGGUCAGCAAAGAUCUAGAGGCGAGAGUCAUCAAGUGGUUUGAUUACCUCUGGACGGAAAAGAAAACCUGCGACGAGAGGGCGGUGUUGAAGAACCUUCCGGACAAGCUUAAAGCAGAGAUAGCCAUUAACGUCCAUCUAGACACACUGAAGAAAGUGCGCAUCUUCCAGGAUUGUGAAGCUGGACUGCUUAUUGAACUGGUCCUAAAACUUCAGCCUCAAGUCUUCAGCCCUGGAGAUUACAUCUGCAAGAAGGGUGACAUCGGACGAGAGAUGUACAUCAUCAAAGAAGGAAAGCUCGCCGUGGUGGCAGACGACGGCGUCACGCAGUUUGUCGUGCUCAGCGACGGCGCGUACUUCGGUGAAAUCAGCAUCCUCGGGAUCAAAGGAAGCAAAGCCGGGAACAGGAGAACUGCAAACAUCCGCAGCGUAGGCUACUCGGACCUCUUCGCCCUCUCCAAAGACGACCUGAUGGAGGCGCUGACCGAGUACCCGGAAGCCAAAAAGGCACUGGAGGAGAAGGGGAAGGCCAUCUUGAGGAAGGACAACCUCCUGGACGAGGCGGCGGCCGGCGCCGGGGCCGACCCCAAAGAUCUGGAGGAGAAGAUCUCACGAUUGGAGAGCAACCUCGAUGUAAUGACCAUCAAGUUCGCCAGACUGCUAGCAGAAUACACGUCCUACCAGAGCAGGAUCAAACAGAGGCUCACCAACAUGGAGAACAAAGUGAAGACACUGAGGGAGGAAGAUCUCUCUGAGGUGGUCACCGACAAGAAGGAGGAGGAGAAGAAAAAAUAAGCGACACUUCCGGGCGUCUUUAUUCGAAGAUUUGUUUAUACAUUUUUUGUAUACAAGCGUUUUCAGUUUUAUUUCUCUGUACAGACUCUAGCUCUUUAAAGCUUUUCCAAAUUGUACAGCGCCGUAGAUUAGAUUCCUCCUUCGAUACGUCCAGCGUGUGAACUUUAUACAACCUGAACAACCUUCUCGUAACUUCUUUAAAGUCGCGCUCCGGUGUGUUUCAGUCUCGGACUCACACGGUUACUCCAAAUAAACUCUUCGCUACGAUGUGAGACGAAGCACCGACACUGGAGACUCCUUCCAUAAACAGAUCCAGAGUCCAGCAGCACUGUGGUGUAAAUACGAUGCUUCUAACCUGGACUAUAAGAUGUAAGAGUUAAACUCCUUUGUAUAGAAAUAAACUGAGGUUCAUUUUA